GUUAUACAGUUAUAAUACCCUCCAAAAGGGUAUACCAAUUAUAAACGUGUAAUUUUACAAGUUUUAAGUGUUUGCAAUUGAAUUUGGAAAACCAGACAGGUCUGGUAAUACGAUACGAUAGUGAAAUGGGAUCAUGUAAUAAGGUGUGAUAUGACGAUGGUAACAGCUAAAUUCCGAUUAGUUGAUUGAAAUCUAUAGUUGGUAGACACAAGUCAUACAGUCUGAUUAAGCUAUUAUUAUAAUGUAAUUUAUUGCCAAACAAUUAGAGCCAUAAAUUGUAUAAUAUAAAUCAGUGCACAAUGCCAGGCAACAGUUAUCGGCCCAUAAAGAUAAAGUAUUUCGACGAUCCUAAAUUUCUGUGACUUUGCCAAAUGCUUAAAGUUUAAGUCUUAUCGUCGACGAAUUUGACCCAGACGGAUAACGGCUAAAACUCAACAAAAAUUUGCCAACUUAAGGCCCAGAUAAGCUAAAUAGGCCAUAAAAACAGCACAGAAAACGUCAUAAAACGCAAGUGCACAAUAAUUAAGAGAAGGCAACCAGGUUCAUGUACAUACAUACAUAUGUAUAUCCAUAUGUCCAUACAAAUAGUAAACAAAUCUUAUUUAUAUGUGCGAAAACAAAAGGGUUGAUUUCGCAAAUCAACAAAUAUUUUCACAGCGCGUUUAAAUUCAAAUUCGUAACGGCGCCAAAAAGCUUUGCGACUGCCGAGAGAGCAUUAAAGCUUUUAUGCUUUGACUUUGACCUCGCACACAAAUAGCUACAUAGAACAAGGAACAACACACACGCCGAGAGAGCCGCAGAGCAAAACGAGGCGCUCAACUGAAAUGAGCGCAGCGGAGGGUGGCUCAGAAAAUAACAGACGCGACAGCAUUGCGAGCAGCUCGGUUGCCAGCAGCAAUGCCGUCGCCGUUGCACCGCCGCGACGCAGCUUCGGCCAGUGGCUGAUGCACUGCAUCAGAUCCACUUCCGUGGAGCCAACGAUGUUCCUGUACAUGUUCGCCUUCAUGAUCACCUCGGUGGUGGAGCAGAAUUUCUUUCUGCAAAAGGCCUGCCGUGUGAAUAAUAACUUCAGCGCUGAGAUCUGUGCGAAUAUCAACAAGCCGGAGUACGAGGCGUACAAGAAACAAGUGCUAGAUACGACCGCAUGGUUCCAUCAAUGGGAGGACAUCUCGGCGCACAUUUUUCCCAUUAUUAUAGCAUUGUUUCUGGGCUCCUUUUCGGAUCGGCGCGGUCGCAAGCUGCCCCUGCUGAUGGGUCUGGUGGGUAAGUUAAUCUACUCGACGAUGAUUGUGGUGAAUGCCAAGAUGCCGACAUGGCCGGUGGAGUAUAUUAUCUAUACGGCAACGCUGCCAUCGGCGGUAACGGGGGCCGAUGUGGCCAUAUUUGCCUCGUGCUUUGCGUAUAUAUCGGAUAUAACGACGCUGCAGCAGCGCACGAUUAGGGUGACCAUAUUGGAUGCGAUCUACCUGACCGCAAUGCCAACGGGCGUUGCAUUGGGCUCGUAUCUCUUCUACAAUGUGUUCAAUCAGUCCUAUGCGGACAUGUUUGCGGUUAACGCUUUCCUGCUGCUGCUGGCCAUCAUUUACACGCUCCUGGUCCUGAAGUGGCAAACGACGCCCAAUCAGCGAUCGCUGCGCGAGCUGGGCUGCUGCGGCUUCUGGUGCGAUUUCUUUGACAGGCAGCACAUCAAGGACUCGCUGGGCGUGCUGAUGAAGCCGCGACGUGGCCACAGACGCAGCUUUCUGUUUAUUUUGCUCGCCAGCAUGGCGCUGUACACGUUCCAGCGGGACGAGGGCAACUAUUUGUAUUUGUAUACGUUCGACAAGUUCAACUGGCAGGUCAGCACCUACAGCACCUUCAAGACCUUCAAGUCGACGGCCUUUGUGAUUGCCAUGCUGCUGGCGGUGCCGCUGAUGAACAAGCUGCUCGGCUGGCGCGAUACGACGAUCAUCUUUAUUGGCACCUGGGCGCAUGCGAUAGCCCGUUUGUUUUACUAUUUUGCGCCGAAUCCGACGCUGUUCUAUGCCGGCGCCGUGGUCUGCAGCUUGGGUCCGAUUGUGGGGCCCAUGAUCCGCUCGAUGACCUCGAAGAUUGUGCCGCAAUCGGAGCGCGGCAAGGUCUUUGCCCUGCUCUCCGUUUGCGACAAUGCGGUGCCAUUCAUUAGCGGCGUCUGCUACUCCCAAAUCUAUCGGGCCACGCUCAACACGAAUCACGGCGGCGGCGUCUAUCUCCUGACCAUUGGCACCCAGCUGGCCGUCUUCCUCAUGAUACUCUGCAUACACAUUGUGCUGGGCCGGAGCUCGCUGGCCGUGCCCGAAGUGCCGGAGAAGGAGAGCGGGCUGAUCAACAACGAGGAUGUCCAGGACAGGACAAACAAUGCCAACCAAGAGGCGGCACAUUAAAGACGCCCCCGCAAUUAUUUUCUCUUUCUUUCUUUCUUUCAUUUUUUUAUCAAGCCAAUAAAGACACAGAUUUUAUAUGUAUAUUUUGAAGAACUCA